CUAUCUAUCACAGCAGUGUGGCUGCUGCUCUGUCGUGUGUGUAACCGUCUAGAUUAACUAGCUACGUCGUUUUAAACUUAUUUUAUUCAUUUAAAAUCAUGUCAGCGAUACUAUUCCUGAAAAACUUGCAUCGCGUCUGCAGAGUACCUCUCAGUGUCGCUCGACCUGUCGUCGGUUGUCUGUAUCAUACCCGGAAAGGAGUCUACGGUCACCGGCCCAAACAAAGCCAGGGGGACUCGAAGUUGCACAGUGACCCUGUCUCGUAUAUCACUGCACUCAAUCGAGACCAUGGGCUAGCACGCCUGGUGGAGGCUUACCGAGCACAUGGACACAGGGCUGCUAAAAUUAACCCUCUACUGCCCAAUGACCCAGUGGAGGACAGUGUGCCAGAGAUCAACAUGUUGAUUGGAGCUGUACAAGGACCCCUUAACACAUCAGGACUGCGGCAUUUUGGUAAAGCUGAGGCGUCGGUGGAGGAGGUGAUUGGCUACCUGGAGGAGUCCUACUGUGGCCGCAUUUCCAUAGAGACCAGUCAGCUGACCAGCCUGGAGGAAAGGGAGUGGCUCGCAGAUCGCUUCGAGCAGCUGAAGAAAGAGAUGUUUACUGCGGAGGAGAGGAUAAAGUUGGCCAAGCUAAUGCUGGAGUCACAGGAGUUUGAUCACUUUCUAGCCUCCAAGUUCUCCACAGUAAAGCGUUAUGGCGGUGAGGGAGCAGAGAGCAUGAUGGGAGUGUUCUACGAGAUGUUCCGUCUGUCUGCCCACAGCGGGGUGACGGACAUCGUCAUGGGGAUGCCUCACCGUGGGAGACUUAACCUCCUCACGGGGCUUCUGCAGUUCCCACCAGAGCUGAUGUUCCGUAAAAUGCGUGGCCUCAGUGAGUUCCCAGCAGACUCUCCCUCUAUCGGCGAUGUCCUCUCCCACCUCACCUCCUCUGUAGAGCUGGACUUUGGUGCUGCCCACCCCCUCCAUGUGACCAUGCUGCCCAACCCCUCCCACCUGGAGGCCAUCAACCCAGUCACCCAGGGGAAGACCCGUGCCCGCCAGCAGCUCAAACAGGAGGGAGACUACUCCCCAGACGAGAACGCUCAGCCUGGUGAUAAAGUUGUCUGUCUCCAGGUCCAUGGGGAUGCCUCAUUCUCGGGCCAAGGAAUUGUUCCGGAGACAUUCACCAUUUCACUACUCCCCCACUUCAGAGUCGGUGGGAGCAUCCACCUCAUUGUAAACAACCAAGUGGGCUAUACCACUCCGUCUGCGAGAGGGAGAUCAUCUUUGUACUGUAGUGAUGUUGGUAAGAUGGUGGGCUGUGCGGUGAUCCAUGUGAACGGUGAUGAUGCGGAGGAGGUGGUGCGAGCCACGAGGCUGGCGGUGGAGUACCAGAGACGCUUUAGGAAGGAUGUUAUCCUGGACCUGCUCUGCUACAGACAGUGGGGACACAACGAGCUGGACGAACCCUCCUUCACCAACCCUGCCAUGUACAAGAUCAUCCGCUCCAGGAAGAGCACCCCAGACUCUUACGCUGACCAGCUGAUCUCAGAGGGCCUGAUGACAGAGGAGGAGCGUGUUGCUAUCAGGACAGCCCACUACGACAUGCUGAACGACAAGCUGACUAACAUGAUCUUCUACAGCCCUCCACCCAUGAACCUGCAGGGGCGCUGGGGAGGUCUGGAGGAGCCCCAGGCCAGGGUCACUCACUGGGACACCGGGGUGCCUGCUCCCCUGCUGCAGUACGUAGGGGCCAAAUCUGUGGAGAUCCCCGAAGGAGUCCAGCUACACAGUCACUUGGGGAAGAUGCACGUGGCGGGUCGCCUUGCGAAGGUGGAGAAUGGAACUAAUCUGGACUGGUCCACUGCUGAGGCCAUGGCGUUUGGGUCUCUGCUCUGCCAAGGGUUCAACAUUCGCAUCAGUGGGCAGGACGUUGGGAGAGGCACCUUCAGUCAGAGACAUGCCAUGAUAGUUUGUCAGGACACAAAUGAUAUGUACAUCCCCCUAAACCACAUAGACCCUGAACAGAAAGGAUUCAUGGAGGUGUGUAACAGUGCUCUGUCUGAGGAGGCCGUGCUGGGCUUUGAAUACGGCAUGGCCAUCGCCCAGCCUAAACUCCUGCCCAUCUGGGAGGCUCAGUUUGGUGACUUCUUCAACGGAGCUCAGAUCAUCUUCGACACCUUCAUCUCCGGAGGUGAGGCUAAGUGGCUGCUGCAGUGUGGGAUGGUGAUCCUGCUGCCCCAUGGUUAUGACGGAGCCGGACCUGAACACUCCUCAUGCCGUAUAGAGAGGUUCCUACAGCUGUGUGACAGUAAAGAGGAGGGGGUGGAUGGUGACAAUGUCAACAUGGGCGUUGUCAACCCUACGACUCCAGCACAGUAUUUCCACCUGCUGAGACGACAAAUGAUACGCAACUUCCGCAAGCCGCUCAUCGUGGCCGGGCCCAAGACUCUGCUCCGAUUCUCUGGAGCAACAUCCAGUCUGGUUGACAUGGCUCCUGGUACAUAUUUCAAGCCUGUGAUUGGUGACCCCUCAGUCACACCAGCAAGUGUCCAGCAGGUGGUGUUGUGCUCAGGAAAGCACUACUAUGCCCUGUUGAAGCAGAGGGAAACGUCAGCUGUCACUCAGACCACAGCACUGAUCAGACUGGAGGAGCUGUGUCCCUUUCCUCUGGAGGCCCUGCAGCAGGAGCUGAACAAGUACACCAAUGCUAAAGAGUUCGUGUGGAGUCAGGAGGAGCCCCAGAACAUGGGCCCCUGGUCGUUUGUGGCCCCCAGGUUUGAGAAGCAGCUGGCCUGCAAGCUUCGAUUGGUCAGUCGGCCUGCUCUGCCCGCCCCGGCUGUGGGCAUCGGAGCACUCCACCAGCAGCAGAACGAGGCCGUCCUCACUGCCACCUUCUCCUCCUGAGCCACUGGAACAACUGGGGCCCAAGAUGGACGCUCUUGGGCCCCAAAAUGGAAGCUCACUCCCAACACUACUUCAUGAAGCUCCAGUAAAACCACAUGACAUCUCUAUCUUGGAAAAUCCAGACUGAAUUCAGAUCCGUUUUAUGUUUCCUUAACUUGUUUCACUGUCGUGAUUCAGUCUGGAAGCUAGGCUACCUCUUCUCAUCCUCUCCAUUCAAAAUGUUGUCAAAACACAAGUGCUCAAGGGCAGCUUUCAAUGUGGCGGAUUCAGUUGCUGUUUGGCGGUUCGUGGGGAUGGGUUUAGCAUUAUGAAAUGGAGUUGGAACUACAAAACAAUGUGAUGUAGACAGUCAGAAAUUGCGUAGGGCCAUUAUUUUUAUUUUUUGUUGUUGAUUGUGUUCAAUUCACUAGCUGUAAGGCAUUAUUAGGUUACUGACAAAUAGCAAAACCUAAAUAUGGUUCAGAUUGAAUUACGGCAUUAGACACUAAGUUUAGAGCAUCAUUGUUUUAUACAUAGAUUUUUUUUGAUUUAUCACACAGCAGAGUAUUAUGAUUCGAUUUCAUUAACCUGACAUAUGACUAUCAUCUUGUUCAGUCUAUCAUCUUGUUUCUUUGAGGUAGAAGAUUGUCUCGGGUUGUCAAUCAAAAGGGCUUAGGCAUUCAUCGGUGUUGCCCGCAUGAGCUGCUGUAGUUUUUCUACUAUUUUCAAUGUCAGCCUCAACAUCCGUUUGUUAUGAUAAAAUGUCAAAAUACAGUUAAAGUGUGAAAUUUAAACUUCAAAAUAUUAUUUAGUGUAUUUUUGUUUGUGUGUAGAAAUCCAAAGAUUUUCAUUGUGUUUUAAAUUGUGAAAAAAAAAAACACCAAGCGAACAACUACUGCACAAAUGUGCCUUUCAGCACCACAGCUAUUUAAUAUUUCUUUAGGAAAGUUAGGGCUGCUAUUUCUCUACAAAUGAGUCAUAUUAAUCCCAACUCAGUAGCAGUUCUGUUUUCAUUUUCAGAAGGUUUCAUUUGUUGUGGAUUCUGUCUUUACUGCCACAGGUACGAUUUAAGCAGUCUGAUGUGAAUACUGACCAUUACUGGAUUAGAGUUCUAAUUUAUUAUCUCGUGGUAACAAAAACUAACGCCCCACUCAGACCACUUCCAGACAGUCCAAGCGAAAUUCUUGCUUGAGAAAUUGCUCUUUGCUAAGAAGCUAUUUUUUUUUAUUAUUUUUUUUUACUUUAAUCGAAAACGAUCAUAGUAAAGGUGUUUAAUUGGUACCCAGAAAUGUUUUGAUAUUGAGAUUUUAUAAAACUGCUACAUUGAACUUUUUAAAAGGUAGUUCACACCUGCAUAACACAAUUUUUUUUCCCCAUGUAGUUUCUUUAGUAGCUACCUUCCGUGUUUAUUACAAAAUACCACUGAAUACUUUUCUCAAACAGUUGUGCAUAUGUUGUGGGAAUAUUUCUUCUGGUUAUCUAAAGCAGACGUUAGAUCUAGUCUUGUAAUUCCUCUGUUCUUCUUAUUGUCAGUAAUAUAGUAGCAUCCUUGAGCUUCUUGAGGGUGACUCAGUUGUACUAUGAAUUCAAAUCAGCACCGAACCACUAAGCCCUUUUUCUGAGAGGAUUGUUUGUAAACAAUAUGGCAAUAAAUCCAUCUUACUCAUGAGACAAGUGGAAUUGUUGCUAUACUACUUAUCUCCUUGCUUACACACAUCAAAUCCUCUCAGAUAUCCACAGGUAUCUGGGUGUACAGGCUCGGCCCUCAUUUGGCAUUCAGGUCUGCCCAGAAAACACAGUAUUUUCUGUGAGACGGUCUUACUCUGAAUCCAGUGCAUUUGGGGGUAGGUGCCAGGGAUUGUUUCUGGGCAUGGCCUAAAGCUCCAGAAUGGUACAUUUUCAUUUCAAGGUAUACUGUAGUAGCAAGGGGUUGAUUUGGGAUUCAGGGGCCCAGAAAUGAAUACAGUCUGUCAAGGGAGACGGACCGGAGAGGCUCCAUCACCCCAUUAACACCUAAUAGAACAGAAGACUCAUUUCACUUCCUUUGAGAUUUUCUGACACUAUAACAGAUCUAAUUGGUUUUCUAAAUAGACAGCCAUUGCAUUUAACUGAGA